AUGACUGUGGUGUCUCAGGAGAACCACGACGACUCUGUGGUCGUAACUCCUUUGUUGCAAGAUGCUGCUGACCUGGAAGCAGCGGAGCAGGAGUGUAGCGAGAGGGUGAUCAUCAACAUCUCAGGUCUGCGCUUUGAGACGCAGUUAAAAACACUCUCCCGCUACCCGACCACGCUCCUGGGAGAUCCGCGUAAACGGAUGCGUUUUUUUGACCCUCUGAGAAAUGAAUACUUCUUUGACAGGAACAGGCCGAGCUUUGAUGCCGUCCUCUAUUAUUACCAGUCAGGAGGGCGGCUCCGGAGGCCCGUGAGUGUACCUGUGGAUAUUUUCUUGGAUGAAAUUAAGUUUUACGAACUGGAAGAGGAGGUCAUAGAGCUUUACCGAGAAGAUGAAGGCUUAGCGAGGGAAGAGGAGCGCCCGCUGCCUAACAAUGUGUAUCAACGCCAGUUAUGGCUCCUGUUUGAGUAUCCAGAGAGCUCAGGACCUGCGCGGAUAAACGCCAUUGUUUCAGUUAUGGUUAUUUUAAUAUCCAUAAUUAUAUUCUGCUUGGAGACUUUACCCGAGUUUAGAGAAGUCACCGCUUUGGACAAUUCCAUCAAUGGAAGUGUGCAUGGCAAAGAGCCCAGUCCGUUCACAGAUCCCUUUUUCAUGGUGGAGACGCUGUGCAUCGUGUGGUUCUCCUUUGAAUUCACCAUGAGGUUCCUCUCCUGCCCCAGUAAAGCAGCUUUCUUUAAAAACAUCAUGAACCUGAUCGAUGUUGUGGCUAUAGCUCCUUAUUUUAUCACCCUGAGCCUUGAUCUCGCGGAGCAUCAGGGCAGCAGUCAGCAGGCUGCGUCUCUGGCCAUACUGAGGGUCAUCCGUCUGGUGCGUGUUUUCAGGAUUUUUAAACUUUCCAGGCACUCCAAGGGCCUCCAGAUUCUCGGCCAAACGCUUCACGCAAGCCUCAGGGAGCUGGGACUGCUCAUAUUCUUCCUGAUCAUUGGAGUUGUUUUAUUCUCCAGCUCGGUUUAUUUUGCAGAAGCAGAAGACCCCGAGUCUGGAUUUUCAAGUAUACCUGAUGCGUUUUGGUGGGCUGUGGUGACAAUGACCACGGUUGGAUAUGGAGACAUGUGCCCCUCCACCAUGGGGGGGAAAUUCGUUGGAUCUUUGUGCGCCAUCGCCGGAGUGCUAACCAUAGCUUUACCGGUCCCGGUCAUAGUGUCAAAUUUUAAUUAUUUCUACCACAGAGAGAACGAGGAUGAGGACAAUAUUCAGUAUGUGCACGUGACGUGUGGACAGCCGCCGCCUUCCAUGGGUGAAUGUGAUUCAAACAAAAGUACCCAGUCGCUCUCCAAAACUGAGUCCUAUCAGGAGAGCGACGACUUGGAAACGUUGACAUAUCCAAACGUGACCUCAGUGGAGACGUAUACAGGGAAACUGACAGUUGUAUGA